AUGUGGUUCAUAUGUCCCCUCUUCUUCGCCCUCAUAGUAGAUCUGCUUCUCCCACUCCGCAAUUUGAAUUUUCUUUUUGUGAGAAGCGAAAAAAGGGAGAAGUUACUUCCCUAUCAGUGCCCACCCCCCAAGAGUAGUGCCCCUCUGUUUGUACACAAUGCGCACGUGGGGCUAAGGAAAGGGAGAAGCGCGUUUGCCGGUAAUAGAAAAAGCAGUAGAGGGCAAAAUGGUGAUGCAAAAAAUGGUGGCACGUUUUUGAGGCCAUCCCUGCUGCUUGCUAAGAAGGGCAGCGCGGAGGGGAAGCCAGAUCGUGAGAAUGUCGUAUCGGGGGAAGAGGCAACUUCAACUGUGGGCAACGACCCAAGUGAAGAACCCCCCAACCGGAUGACAAAAACGAAGAAAAGUAACCCACCAGGAGGAGGUGCCAAAACGAUAGGGAUAAGCGACGCAGUGGAUGAGAGCAUAAAAAGAAUCAAGGGAGAAUAUUACGACGUAGAAAUUUGCGAGCUGCUGUCAAAAAACUUCCUGUCUUAUGCGAACUUUUUAAUUCUGAACAGAUGCUUAUGCGAUUAUCGUGAUGGCCUAAAAACAGUGCAGAGGAGAAUCAUAUGGAGCAUGUACGAAAUAAAUAAAGGCGCAGAAAAAAGUAGUUAUAAGAAAUGCGCCAGAAUAGUAGGUGAGGUGAUUGGAAAAUAUCACCCACAUGGAGAUAAAAGUGUGUAUGAUGCGUUGGUUCGAUUGGCACAAAAGCAUCACAAUAGCAAUUUGCUAAUAAAUGGAUACGGGAACUUUGGUUCAGUUGAAUACAACGCAGCGGCAAUGCGUUACACGGAGGCUAAAGUUUCCAACUUCUGUUACGACAUUCUGUUGGACGAAAUAAAUGAUGAAAAUAUAGAUUAUGUGAGAAACUUCGAUGGGAAUGAAGUAGAGCCAAAAGUGUUGUGUAGUAAAGUCCCACUGCUACUGAUUAAUGGAUGUUCAGGCAUCGCAGUGAGUAUAUUGAGUAACAUCCCCUGUCACAAUUUGGUAGACGUGGUUAACUGCACCAUUAGUUUUUUACUCGAUCCAAAUGUUAGGGAGGAUGACCUAGCCGCCAUAAUAAAGGGGCCCGAUUUCUCCACCGGAGGAAUCAUCAUAAGCAAACCGCAUGAACUGCAAAAUGUGUACCACACGGGCAAGGGGAACAUAGAAAUUAGGAGCAACGUCUUUUUGGAGUAUAUGAAAAAUGACAAAGUUCAUGUCACCCAUGUGAAUGACCUCCCCAACUUAGACGCAGAAGAUAUAGACACGAAGGGAAGUAAAAAAUUAGUCAUAAAAAAUUUACCCCCAAAUGUGAAGCCAAACGAAUUGAUCGAAAAUAUGAUCAACAUUUUGAAUGAAAAAAAAAAUGAACAUGAAAAUAUUUUACAAAAAAUAAGAGACGAAAGUGAAAAGGAGGACAUGCGAAUUGUACUGGAACUGAGGAAAAAUAGCCAAGUGGAACAAAUAAAUGAUUUCGUCUCCUUCAUUUUUAAAUACACACAAAUGCAAGUUACAUACCAUUGCAAUUUUGUCUGCAUCGGUCAUCAAAAUAGUUACACACAGUUUUCACUCAAAUCCUUCCUACAACUGUGGUGUGAAAAUCGCAUAAAAUUCAUCAAAAAAAAUUUAACAAUAAAAAAUCAAAACUUACAAAAGGAACUUCACAUUAUAGACUUGUACAUACUUAUACAAAAAAAAAUUUUAGAAAUUAUUUCCUUUUUGCAAAAAAAUCAAAACAUUGAAGAAAUAAAAAAUUUUUUUAAAAAAAAUUUCCAACUUAAUGAUUAUCAGAUCCAGCAUAUCCUUUCCAUGAAGAUACAAAAAUUGGUCAACAUUAAGAACGUUGAUUUUGGCACACACAAGGAGAGAAUAUUGACCCGCAUGCAGGAGAAUAGGGACCUCAUCUCCAACGUGGAUAAGAUAAAACGCCUCAUCAUUGAACAGUUGGUUUAUAUAAAAAAUAAGUAUGGCACGAGCAGCAGCGCAGGAAGGUUCGCACCACCGCAAAAUGUUAAGUAUAAGUACGUUUAUAUAAACCCACCUGAGCGUAACAACCAUUUUAAGGAACAGUUCGUCUUAGCGGCUAGCCCCCAGCGGGAUGGUCCAUUGGGGCUUAGAGAAGAUGUGGAAGAUUCAAAAGAGGAAAGCGAAAAUUUGCAAAAUGACCCACAUCCAGAGGAAGCGCAACAAAACGCAAUGACCGAUCCAGCUCUGCCCAAGCGUAGCAACAAAAGGGCAGCGAAAAAGAUAGACCUCCCGACGCAAUACAGACACACCUACAUCGACUCCAUCCACACGGACGUCAAAAAUGUCUACAACAACGAUCACGUGCUUGUUCUAAUCACCUACGGAGGGUACGUCAAAAAGAUCAAGAUCACAGAAAAGUUGAAAAAUCACCAGAACAACAUUAUGAAGCUGUCCAACGUGAAGUACAUUUUGAAGGAAAACGAGGAGAAGCGCCUCAAGGGUGGCAGCGUGCCGGACGAAGCGACCAACGGAGCAGUAAACGGGGAAGACACCUCAAAUGCUAAGUCUAGCACUACCAACCCAACCAACUGCUAUAAAGUAAAGAAAAGCAUCCUAUGCAGGAAUAAAGACAAAUUACUCCUAACGGACAGCCAGAACAAAGCCUACAUCCUGAACGUGUGCGACUUGCAGACCUCCUCCUACGACUCCAAGGGGACGCCAAUCAACCAAGUGAUCCACUGCUCAAAGAGCAUCACCGGAAUGACAAAAUUCGAGGAAAACAAAAAGUACCUCAUCGUGUGUAGUGAAAAUGGAAAAAUGAAGGUCAUAAACAACGACGUUUUCCUGAAAAAAAAAAAAAAAGGAAUCAGACUUUUUAAAAAUAAGAAGGAUAUCCACUUCAGCUACUGCAAUUUUAGCGAUAACUGCAUUGUUGGAACGGCAAGUGGACACAUAAUUCAGUUCCCCCUCUCCAAUUUUAAAAUUUCGAAAAAAAAUUCGCUAGGGAAUAAGUGCAUCAAUCUGGGGAAAAACGACAAAGUGGUGGAUCUGCUAGCAUAUGAGAACGACGAAAAAAGUGUCAAAAAUUUUCAAAUCAUAUUUCUUUCCAAAGGGGGGCAUGGAAAAAUGAUCAACUUGGAGGAGCUCAAGGUGCAGAAGAAGAAGGGCAAGGGGUACAAAAUUAUGAAGUUUAAGCGGGCCAAAAGGGGGGCCGCUCUGCAGGGCGAACAGGCAGAAGUGGAAAAAGAGGAAGAAACGGGGAAUGAGAAAGACGUUGAAGAAAAGAGUGAGGCACCCUCCCCCCAAAUGACCAAAAGCCAUGCAGACCAAACUUCCGCGCACACCACAAGCACUGACGAAUUUCUCGGAUUCAAAUUGUAUGACAUGACAAAGAAGAAUGACAACGACUUUCUCAUCAUGAUUACCGACCAUGCUGUUCUUAUCCGAAAAAAUAUCACCCUCCUGAAAAAAAAAAACAGGAAGCACUCAUCGCAGAUUUACGCCAAGCUGAGCAAGCUCAACAGGCUCGUUUACUUUGACAUUAUGUAG